AUGAGUCAGAUAGCCGUGCGUGCGGAUUUGUGUCGAAGUCUGGCAGUUCUGUUUAUGGAGAAAGGAAAAGGAAAGUAAACACAUGUUUAAUCUCAUCGAACAGGGCAGUGAUUCUCUUCGUACCUGGUAUUAUAUAUACGCUGAGUUGGACAAGCAUGUACCCAACCUCCUGCGACACUUUUGUAGCCUUGCCUCCGUCUACAGAGGGUCAGCGGAUAGUCUUCGGGAAGAACUCGGACAGACCCUGCGAUGAAGUUCAAGAGGUGGUCUACUUCCCUGCCAAAGACCAUGAACCAGAGGAAAAAGUUGAGUGUACAUAUAUAGAGAUAGAGCAGGUGGCUCAGACGUAUGCAGUGGUCCUGAGUCGUCCCGCCUGGCUGUGGGGGGCAGAGAUGGGGGCAAACGAGCAUCAGGUGUGCAUCGGGAACGAGGCGGUCUGGGGGAAAGAGAGUGUGGACGGUGAAGAGGCUCUCCUGGGCAUGGAUCUCGUCAGGCUGGCUCUGGAGAGGGCCGACAGUGCGGAGCGGGCUGUGGACGUGAUAACAGAGCUGCUGGAGAAGCACGGCCAGGGAGGGAACUGUAUGGAGGAUGAGUGUGGAUUCACAUACCAUAACAGCUUCCUCAUAUCAGACCGCACAGAGGCCUGGGUGCUGGAGACUGCUGGGAAAUACUGGGCAGCAGAGAGAGUGGAGGCCGGCUAUCGGAACAUCUCCAACGAGUACUCCAUCACUACUAAGAUCGAUAGGGAGCACCCGGAGUUGAGGACGAACGCAGAGAAGCAGCGCUGGUGGAACGGAAAGGCUGAGUUCAACUUUGCUAAGGUUUACUCCUACUCCAGUACAGCCCGGAUCCAGGCCGCAGGGAGACGCUACUGUGAGGGACGCAAACUUCUGCAGAAGAGCGAAGGCCACAUCGCAGCCGAGACAAUGAUGGAGAUUUUGAGGGAUAAGGAAAGCGGAAUCAAUAUGGAGGGAAUGUUCAUGACCACAGGAAGUAUGGUGUCUGUCGUCCCGAAAGACCAGAAUUUACCCGGCGUCCACUUCUUCACUGCUACUCCAGACCCUGAGUGGUACAGUACACCAGAGUCACUGAUAUUCAAAAGAAACCGCUGUAGUACCUGUGUUUCGUGCUUUAUAGGCAUGUCACAUAGGCUGUUAAAAAUCACAAACACAGAGAGAGGACAGAAGAUCGUAGAGAAAAUGAGAGCGCUGGAGAAGCAGAAGCUGGCAGAGAUGGAGAAAUAUCUGACGAAGGGGAUUGAAGAUGCAACGCUGCUGGUUCAUCUCUUCACAGACACUGUAGAUGAGGAGUUUAGUAUUUACCAAUCAGAAUCAAGCACCGGAACUAUCCGUUUUAUAAAUGUAGUUAACCUAUGUUAA